UUUAGGCAGAAUUGGUGUCUCGCUCAUGUUGAGAUACCACAAAACACAUCAGUGGGCCAAGGGACAGAGGGUAGUGGAGGUGCUGUGCCUUUCAAAAAUCAGCUUCUCCACUCUGAAGGGCCUGUUUGGGAAUGAGGAUGGAGCGUCACGCUGCUCCCUGGUCACCGUGGCUACUGAACUCUUCCUGCUCAGCGGUAGUGUGGAGGGAGCUCUGAACACACUCCGAGAAAACCAGUGGUUCCUGAGUUCUCACUCGUGGCCGUGUGAGCCCGCAGAUCUGGACAGCAGGAGUCACGUGUUGAUGCGUCUGGCUGAGAAAACCUCUCACAGGGACACGCUGGAGGUUCUCUCUAAUCUCCCUGGAAUCAAAGAGCCGAGCGACAUGAUCAACGUCUCCAGACACAGUCCUGUGUUCAACUCUCACCUCCAAGUGUGUGUGGACAGACAGAUCCUCCCCGUGGCCUCAGACACUGUGGACUUCAUGUUCUCUAAGAACCUGGCCGUGGACCAGUCUGUACUCCACAUACUGUUGCACAAGCUGGGCAAACAAAACCUGUGGCUGCGCGCGCGGGAAGUCUUCAGACACUCUCUGAGUGUAGGUUACUACAAUGGCGUGUCGGCUCCGUCUGGUUUCAUGACGCUGAUUGUGCCGUGUCGCUUGGGGGAGGUGGAGCUGGCUCUCACCUUUGAGAUGUUCAUCGCCGUCAACGCGACGGCCGUCCUCCAGCUCCCGGAGAACACCACCUCCUGCCUCAGCAUCAUUCUCAAGAGGACUCAAAGUGGCGAGAGCGAGUACUUGUCCGCCGGCAGCCGCCUCCUCUCGGCAGCUUGUAUCCCUCAGCCCAAACUUACCGUUCACUACACGGCAGUUAACUCCUCGCAGGAGCAGGUUUUCACACUGGACAUUUCCUCCGCUCGACGGUGGCUCCGUCACAACCAUUUAUGGGCCAGUGAAGUGUGGACUCAUUGACCCGCAAACACUUCUUUCCCUGGAACUCUACCUGCUUCUGCUCCGUAGACGUCUGACUCUACAAACCGAUGAAAUCUGGUAAACGAACAGCGUUUCUGUCGGCUGCUGUGUGUUCACACUCAUGUUCAUAAUCCACAAUUAAUCCACAAAGACUGAUGCCAGAACCUUUUUUUAUGUUCCGAUUUGUGUUAAAAUAUGUCUUUGUUGUUGUUCUUUCCUUGUUGAGUUCUUUUAGCUGAUGGGUCGCUCAUUGUUUGCAUGGCUGUCGUCGUGAGGACUGGACCUUGAUUGUAAAUAUGUUGCUAUUAUGUCAUAUAUAUUACCGAUUUGUCAUAAACGCCAUUGUUGUCAGUUCACACCUGUGAUUUUCUUUUGUACGACAUCGUUUUUAUAAGAAGUUGUUCUGGUCCAAACAGAUUUGACUCUUGUUUUUCUUGACAGAAGAUUUUUUAUUUUAGAGCGAAACGGCUGCUGUCAUCGUUGGUCUACGGUACUGUCUUCGCAGUGUUCAUCUUUCUUUCUGUGGCGAUCAUCUCGUCUCUAUAUUUGGUGGUUGCCACAGUUACUCACCUGGAGUCAUCAGCAGACUAUUCCUGUUGUCGUGGAGCGUGUUUCCACGUUACAUU